AUGUCGUUAGACUCGACACCCAACCUCAAAGCUCAGCUGACGUCCCAUCUCGGCGACCGCUCAAGGUCAUACUUUGAGCUCUUCUCGGCUUAUGUCUCUGCGAAGAUCUCGCGCACUGAAUUCGAGGAGGAAGUCCGCAAAAUCCUGGAUACACCUUACCUCAUACAACUCCACAACUCCCUGGUCAUCUCGCUGUUCGAUGCGAUAGCGUAUAAACAGCGGCCACCAUCUCCCUCGCGCGAUGCACCCAAGCCACCGCCUCGGAAGCGGCGACGGGUUCUGCCUUACCAAGGACCUGAUACGCCGGACGAGGAUCUUACUUAUCGCUCGGCACGUCUGAAGAAAUGGGCUCUUGGUAUCGGACAUCAGGAGCGCGCUCGCCUGCGUGAACUCCCGACUCUGCCACCCGCGCUGGAUCCGCCUCGCCCGCGACCUGACACCGACGAAAUCGCCAGGGAGCGGGGUGUGAUUCGUUUACUUGAGCGAGGAGACCCUCCAGGAAGUCGUCUGCCCGUCAAUUUGGCCUCAAUGUCUAGAGCGCCGACAGUCCAACAUAUUGCAGAUCGUGUCAACCUGAUUUGCGCCCAGAACAACAUAGGACCGCCAUCACGACAAGUGCCACUAUUGAUCAAUCUAGCUUGCGAGGUCAAGCUGAAGCAGCUUAUUGCGCGAGCAUUAUCUCUCACCUCGUCUUCGCAUGCAAUUUCCUCCAUUAAUGCCUCGAAACCCUCUACUCGCGUAAGUGGGCCAGCUUUUCAGAAGUUCGAAUUCAAAGUGCUGACUCGCGACUCGUUCCGUGCCCUCUUCGUCGUCGCACCAUAUACGCUCCCCAACCAGAGCGCGGCGGCAACGGAGUUGUUCGUCGGUGACGCCACCGAGAAAUACGACGAGGAUGCCAACAUCCCGCUCUUGCGAGAUAGGGAGGUAAAUGACCCGCGAUGGCAGACGGUCGCACUUCUGGCGGAGCGCAGUACGGUCAGGGAGGCGUUGGCCAGUGCACAAUGA